AUGACUGACAAACCCGGUAAGGCUGAGAUGGAGAAAUUCAUUAAAUUGAAAUUGAAAAAGACAGAAAGGCAAGAGAAAAAUCCACUGCCUUCCCCAGAGACAAUCAAACAGGGGAAGCAAGCAGUAUCAGGAACUACGGACAACGAAGGCCGCGCCUGCUUCUACCAUCGCCUAUCUAGCUGGCAAGGAAGAAAAAGAACUACCAUGUUGGUGAAGGAAGAAGCUGGGUGGGAUGACCGUAAAAUCUAG